GGCAGGAACACAACACUAGGGUCUAAUGUUAUUUGGCUGCGGUUUUCUGUAAGGUGGAGGUACUUCCCCAGUUGGGCUCUGCUCUAGAUCUGGAAUGACAUUCGCUGCGCUGUACCCGCAAAGCAAGAUGACAUUCAAUUGUGAAUGAUCGCAUUGGCCCAUACCUCUCUUGAAAUCAUUGUAUGAAAUCCAAAAUCAACAAUAAUCUUUCUUUCAUCGGUCUUCCUCAUUGAAGUCGGUUUUUUUCUUAAAAAUUAUUACACAACAACUCGCACAUGGUCGGUUCCUUAUCACUUGGAUAUUUCCAUUUAUUCGGUAGUUCGUCAGCCGUGACCACUCAGUUUACGAUAAAAGUGUAUGCGCUCGUAAAAUAUUGAUCGAAACGCAUAUGAGGUAGCCAACAAUAUGUAGUACACAUAAUAUGCCCACGUAAAAACAUGCCCGUAAUUUGCCGUAGUACCUAGUGUGCUACAUAAUUAAUCUAGAGUGUCGCUACGUAUUUUAGCUUUAGACACGAUGUAAAACCUUAUAUUUUUAAAUUGUGAUCAAGAUGCCUCGAAAUUCGCGAAAAUUGAACUCUGUGUAUUUAAUAUUGAUGCUAGUGUUACUGUAUUUUAUACUUUUAAACAGAAGAAAAAAAUAUGAUAUUAGAAACGAUGUUCUACCAGUCUUGGUGAUGGCAUGCAAUAGACCGUACUUAAAGCGAUGCCUGGAGAGCCUGGUCAGAUAUAGGCCAGACAAUAACAGUUAUCCUAUAAUUGUGAGUCAAGACUGUCGCCACGAAGAAACGCGCCAAAUAAUACAAUCUUUUGCAUACGUAGAUCCUACUAUUUCGUUCGUUGAGCAGCCAGAUCAAUCGGACAUUCCUGGACAUCAUGUCGUGGCUCACUUAAAGGGUUAUUACAAGAUUGCUCGACAUUACAGGUUUGCGCUUAACCACGUCUUCAGAACACUACAGCAUAAGGCUGUCAUAAUUGUAGAAGAUGACUUGGAAAUUUCACCUGACUUCUAUGAGUAUUUUCGCGGCACUUAUCCGCUAUUGUACCAAGAUCCCACGAUCUGGUGCGUGUCAGCAUGGAACGAUAAUUGCAAGAAGGAACUAGUGGAGAUGACGGAAAAGGAGCUGCUACAUCGGACGGACUUCUUUCCAGGUUUGGGCUGGAUGUUGUUAUCUAAAACAUGGGAAGAGCUAGAACCGAAUUGGCCGGAAACAUACUUCGAUGACUGGCUACGCGAUCCAGCAAUCUCCCGUGGCCGCGUUUGCAUCAGACCAGAAAUAUCCAGGACUUUUAAUUUCGGAAGGAAAUCAGCGAAGAUGUUUGGCUUGAUGGAUGAUCUGAGACACGGUGUACCACGUACGGGGCUACGUGGAGUUGUGCAAUGCUUUAUUAAAGGCCGUCGCGUGUUCCUCGUUCCUAAAACAAAAAGUAUUGUUCAAAUCUAAUCCUUAUUCCUACUCGAAAAAAUGUGUCGAGCGGAAGUUCUAAAAAUAAAUUAAGUACAUAUUUCAAGUUAAAUUGCCUACCUACAGCAUCCUACAUAUUAUACAUAUGUAACAGCUGUUUAAUUUUAUACUAAAUUAUAACGAACAAGCCUACCUACUUAUACAAUAAACCAAAUGAUAUAAAUAUAUACUUACGCCUUAUUUACAAGAAAAUAACAAGUUGUUUUCUUUUUCAUAUUUUGUUUGUAAUAUAUUCUCUCUUCAUGGAGUCUAAUUCACUAAGAUCAAAGAAAUACAGAAUUUUUCAGGUUUCAAUAGUCAAAUAGGAACCCUUAUAGUUUCGCCUUGUCCGACUUUCCUCGGCUUGGCUCGUGAUGAAUUUCAGUGAGCAAAGUAGCUUGGGUAUACAGUAUACACAGGUUGACCUUCGCUUACACUGAAAAAAAAUAGAUAGCCGAACUGGUUUUGUAACUUUACUAAAUAACUAAACUACGGUUAUAAGAAAAUAAACUUUGCAUAAAUUUACAAACUUAUUUUGUAGUGUAUACCCAGUACCUGAACACUGAUAGCCAAACACGGUUUUGUAACAUAUAACACAUAGUUCGCAAGUCCCAAUUUUUGUGUAAACAGUAACCAAAAUUUUGUUACAGUUAUGCAAACAUUUCUUUCAGUGUAACCCGUACUGAAAGCAACCCCCUGUAAAUAUCUAUACGUAUCACGUCGGUUACAUUCAUGACGGCUAGGUGCUUAACUUAGGUAUAUAGGUGGGAAAUCGUCUAAGUUUUUCUUUAGGCAAGCCGCAGUCUUGCUUUUCUCCGAGGCUCCGUAGAAAAUGGGUUAGUAAUUUAAAACCACCCAGGAACGAAUAUAAUCCAAUAGUACCUAGGUAGACUAGAUCUACAAUAAAUAUCAAAACAUAAUUUAUACAUAACUGUUAGUUAGUAAUAAAACUAAAGAUAAAAAUAAAAAAGAUUAUAGAAAUUUGUUCAAAAUUUGUAACAUUCUUCCGGUAAGCCUUAAGCAUAAAUAUUUAAUAGUGUUUAAUAAUCAUGGCAGCCGAGAGCACACCCAAUUACACCGUAACGAUGUUUGUGGAACCAGGUCGGUGUCUGCGGGCAAGUUUGUCGUACCGAGGGAAUUAUUACGGCGAUAGGUGUCUCCAUAAACGCCUACCCUAUAUAUUUAACAGCCUGCCCUCUGACAUCAGACAGGAAGCCAACAAAGUUAAGUUUGGUAAAAAGCUGCGUAGUUACCUUGUAAACUGCAUAAAAUAAUUAUUAAGCAUAUGGAUAUAGAAACGAAUCUCAUUGUAAUAUAAAUAUAAAUAUAAGAGAGUAGAGACUGCACGAUCCCACAGUCAAACCGUGUAAACUGUUUUGUGGGACUCCGUAUCUGUUUGAGAUGUAUCAUUUUAUGUUAGUAAUAAAUAAAUAAAUAAAAAAUAAUAAGUUCCAAGACUUCCAGGUAACUCAUUGGUACGAGCCGGUGGCGUGGCGGUGCUUGAAACUGCGACUUUCGGAUUGACAGUCGCACGCCUUACCGCUAGGCCACCAGCGCUUCAGCACGUAGUUACUCGUAAUUUUAAUUUAGUAUCAAAUCGCUGGUCAAUAUUAAUAUUCCUUUUAGUUUCGUCUUGAGUUUUUCCUUCUAUUUAUGAAAACAUUAUAUUCUACCUCAGGAUUGCGUCAUUCGAUUAAAAAUCAGACCAAAGAGUAAGUAAGUAAUAUACUUAAACAAUGAUUUUAGGUACAGUACCUACAGUUGAGGUUGAGCUCAUAAAAUAUCAGGUGAACUUUUUUCACUCCACUAGCCCAUGCCGAAAAGUUACUUGAUCUACUUAGUUGAGAGUCGAUAAUUUUUUUGUUUCGAAAUGGACAAGCAAAUGGAAAUCUGGUUCUAUGGAUGCCGAGGUACUGGUAUAUAGGUAAGUCGGUUAUUAUAAUUAGGUAUUUAGGACUGCCCUAUAAAUACGAGCGUUUCUCGAACGUGUUAAUUGGAAAUGACCGUAUGACCCGUUACGUUUCCAAAAACACAUCCGCUCGUCAAAACAAAUGCACAUGUGUGUCACCCGACCACGCAAAUGUUAGUCUAUAAAACAUGAUCGCAUACUCCGAGAACGUUAAUCCUGGAUUAGUGUUCACACUCAGCAGACUCCGUCCUUAAUUUGUGGUAGACUUGCGACGGAUCAGCCAGACACCGCACAAUAAAAAUCCAAAACAGUUGCACAUCACAAGUUUAUACAAUAAUGGCCUACAAAUUAUUUGCGUUGCUGAUAAUCGCGAUAGUUUUCGUGUUGGUUCAGUUGAAGCCUCUAGAACAGCAUGCGGUGGAGCCAGUUGCAGAGAUGAUGGAGACAGCAGAAGCACAGCAUCCAUUCUUGCCGCGGUUUGCGAUGAAGAGGUUGAAAAAGAAACGCGAGCAGGCGCAGCAUAGGAAUAGCCAUAACGCGCAAGCUCGUGGUGAUAACCGAAGGAGGGCGCCGUGUCCUCAAAAUGGAUACGGAUAUGGC